GCGGAGCGAGGCUGGACGGCUGCAGCCGGAGCUGGAUGUCCGGGCUCAGGGCGCUGCUGGGGCUCGGCCUGCUGGUCUCUUCGGGCUCUCGGCUGGUGGCGGCGGGCGGGGGGCGCUGCCCGGUCCAGCGGGGGCCUCCUGCGGGGAUCUGGGGCGCAGCGGGGAUCUGGGGCGCAGGUCGGGGGCGCAGCAGCAGCGCCAUGCAGAACCCGGGGCGCAGCGGGGUCAAGUACCUCAGCCAGGAGGAAGCACAAGCCAUCGAUCAAGAGCUCUUCACGGAGUACAAGUUCAGCGUCGACCAACUCAUGGAGCUGGCGGGGCUGAGCUGUGCGACGGCCAUUGCCAAGGCCUAUCCACCCAGCUCCUUCACCAAAAGCCCACCCGCGGUGCUGAUCGUCUGUGGCCCGGGGAAUAACGGAGGGGACGGCUUGGUCUGUGCCAGGCACCUGAAGAUGUUUGGCUACGAGCCGAGUGUGCAUUACCCCAAGCGGCCCAGCAAAGCUCUGUUUGAAGGCUUGACGACUCAGUGCCAGAAGAUGGACAUUCCCUUUCUCUCGGAGUUCCCGUCAGAGGCUAUGCUGACUGAUGAGCUGUAUGGCUUGGUGGUGGAUGCUAUUUUUGGAUUCAGCUUCAAGGGAGCCGUGCGGGAACCUUUCGGCAGCAUCCUCAGGACCUUGGAGCAAGUCACCGUCCCCGUCGCCAGCAUCGAUAUCCCCUCCGGCUGGGACGUGGAGAAAGGCAGCCCUGACGGCAUCCAGCCCGACAUGCUCAUUUCUCUCACUGCCCCCAAGAAGGCUGCGCAGCAUUUUGCUGGCCGCUAUCACUUCCUGGGGGGCAGGUUUGUGCCAAUGGCUCUGCAGCAAAAAUACUCACUUAAUCUGCCACCAUACCCCGAGACUGACUGCAUCCUGCAGUUACCCUAGCCGGGGCCAGGCAGGAUCGGCUUUAUCCAAAAUCUGAACGAGAGGGGGGUAUUGGAUUGUGAAGCAGAGACAAGUCCUGCCCAGUGUUUGACUGAAUCAAUUAGGCGUUGGAGGGGGGGCGUUGCUGGUUAGUAGGGGUGGGGGCUAGCUGUGCUGCACAAGCAGGGCCUGGUUCUGCAAAGCGCCUUUGACUUGCGCUGAUCUGAUGGGUGGGGGCGCUCAGCACCUUGUUUGGUGCUAGGAAAUCCCCGACAUAGCUCUGCCUGGUGUGUGCAAAGCCAGCUGUGGUCGGCACACAGGUGCUGGGGAUUGUGCUUGGUCUGACUCAAUGCCCUUUGCAGUCAGCGGGCGGCUUUCCGUGGGCUUUGGAUCAGAACCGAAGGGUUAAAGUUCAUUAAGGGUGAGGGUGUAUUUGUUGGGAGUUACAGGUGGGUCUAGGAAGGGAGCUCUGACGCUAACUCUGUUUAAUAUACUACACACGGAAGGGCCUGCGUUCCAUGGGCUUUCCAGCUGUAGCGACCUCUGAUGUGUAUAUAAAAUCCACCUUUUCUCUGCAAUAAAAGAUUUAUUGACACUAAAAAUCACUCUGAAUUGGCCUUUCCUUUCCCCUCUUCCCAUCCAUUCUUAUGCAACUGACCCAUGCUGCAAACAUACCGUGGGUGAAACCCUGGCCCCCUGAAGUCUGCAGCAAAACUCUCCCCGCAAUUACUGAGGUUGCAACCGCUGAUGGGAAGCAAUAGCCAGAAA